CUACUCCGAUAUCGUCACCCAGACAACUACCACGAUAGAGCACACUGACUUGUGAAGUGGCUAUCAUCAUGUCUCCAAGAACAUCAAAGGCUCUCAUGCAGUGGAAACCAAUCUCCUCCUCCAACAACAGCAUCAUGACAGCAAGAUGGAUUCAACUGAAGAGGAAGGAAACCCACAAUCAUUCAGUGAUACGUUAAGCUACGCACCUACAAAUAAUGGAGAUGAAGAGAAGAAGGAGGAAUUCUACUGACAACUGCAAUCAGUAAUCCACAUGACCACAACACAGUUGGCCACAUCAAAAUCUCAAUGGGCGACAUGAAUGCCGAACUUGAAGUGGCAAACACAGGAAGAGAACUGAUGAUGAUGAUGAUGGGUGGAGAGGCACUCGGUGAGAUGAUGAAUGAGAAUGGAGAAGUGUUUGCAGACUUCUGCACAUUCAACCAAUUGGUGAUUGGAGUCAGGCAGUGUGUACAAACACAAAGAUAUUCACAAAGUGAAAUGAAGUUGCUUUCACCAUUCACCAGACGGACACACUACACUGAAAAUCGGAUCGACUUACAAGUUGCAAAACACUACGCCGGAGAAAGAAGUGAAAAAGAGUGCACUCAAAGACAGAAGACACUUCAUCGAUACACUCACAACUAAAGUAGAACAGGCUGCUGGUAAGGGGAACGGAGACAUGACAGCACCAUAUCAAAUAACCAGGUUUC